GUUCCUAGUCCUCCUCCUACUGCUACUACUGAUGAAGUGAUCACCUAUGAUGAUGAUGAUGAUGAUCAUAUGUAUCAACAACAACAACAAAGGCAACUACCACUUCGACGAUCAAGAACUUUUGGAUUUGAAAAUGAUGAUCAAGAUACCUCUCGACGUUCCAGUUCUAUACGACGUAGUCAGUCCAUUCAUGAACAACCUUCAGAUCUACAACGUCGACGAUCAACUACCAUCCAAGAUCAAUUACAACAACGCAUAUGGGGUCGAUUUACACCUCAUCAUCAUCAUCGAUUAGAAUUCUCUCCCGGUGUAUCAUCUAAAGAUAUGGCAAGAUUCAAUCAAUACUACAACUUUCGCGCACGGUGUGCCACGACAUUUAUCUCCCUGACAGAACUCAAAGGAUAUGUUGACAUCAAUCGAAAAGGAUUUGACAAAAUUCUCAAGAAAUGGGAUAAAGUGACAGGAUCCAAUCUACGUACGACAUACAACGAAAAGAUGAUAACCAGUGCGGAUCCAUUUUUACCUCAUCAAAUGACCGAAUUGGAAAAGGCCAUUUUCUUGGUACGUGAUAUGUAUGCUGCCAUCUUCACACAAGGGGAUCCUCAUGCUGCUACAAGCGAACUCAAGUUACAUAUGCGCGACCAUAUCCAGUUUGAACGUACCACCGUUUGGAAGGAUCUUGUUGGGAAAGAACGUAUGACCAUGGAUGCUCAUGCUGCUGAUGUGAAAGAAGGUUAUCAGUUACCCUUUGGUUUGUUCCUCACAAAACAUGCUUUGCGUUGCUCUGUCUUUUUGAUGUGUGCUGUCAUCCCCUAUGGUGCUUUCAUGUCCAUCGAUGUCUUCAAUGAUGUACCGGCUUCCAAAUGUCUAGGCCUUCUGUUAUGUGCUGCCAUCAUGUGGGCUUUCGAGUGUCUUCCUAUCUAUGCUACUGCUUAUCUAAUCCCACUCUUGGUGCCGACCAUGGAUAUCAUCCAACAAAAUGGUGUAUUGGUAGAUGCAAAAACAGCAGCUAAACUGGUAUUUUCAAGUAUGUUCAAUGGCACAAUCAUGGUGCUCUUGGGUGGAUUUGCUAUUGCAGCGGCUCUGAGUAAACAUGGCGUGGCUCGUGCAUUUGCAACAGUGAUUCUCUCUCAUGCUGGUACUCGUCCUUCUGUGGUCAUUCUGAUCAAUAUGUAUAUGGCCGCCUUUUUGAGUAUGUGGAUCAGUAAUGUGGCUACUCCUGUUUUAUGUACUACUUUGGUCGAGCCUAUUCUUCGUACAUUACCACCUCGAUCAACGGUUGGACCUUGUUUAAUCUUGGGCAUCUCAUUAGCAAGUUGUAUAGGUGGCUUGACUUCACCUAUUUCAUCACCUCAAAACAUUAUCGCUAUCAAUAUAAUGCAGCCAAGUCCAGGCUGGGGCAAUUGGUUUGCGGCAUCUCUUCCGGUGGCCAUCAUUACUAUCUUUACUACAUGGGGUUGUCUUUUGUUAUAUUUCCGUCCCGAUCGAUCUACUCGUCAUUUGAACACUAUUCGUGCACUAGAUAUCGCCUACCCAAGUUUGACUCAAAUAUUUGUAUCCGUAGUGUGUUUGACAACCAUUGGAUUAUGGUGUAGUGAGACGGCAGUUCCUGAUUUUUGGGGUGAUAAUGGUGUGAUUGCUGCUAUCCCGAUUGUAUUAUUCUUUGGUACUGGUGUGCUUUCCAAGACAGAUUUAAAUAAUUUUUUAUGGCCUGUGGUGAUACUUGCUCAAGGUGGUAUGGCUCUUGGAUUUGCCGUUCAAAGCUCUGGUUUAUUAGAUAUUAUCGGUCAUCGUAUUGCUAGUGGAGUGGAACAUCUGGGUGCAUUGGAUAUCGUGUUUAUCUUUGGUAUUAUUGUUUUAGUGUUUGCUACUUUUGUUAGUCAUACUGUGGCUGCUUUGAUUAUUUUACCAAUCGUUCAACAAGUGGGUGAAAAACUAUCUCCACCUCAUCCUAAUUUAUUGGUGAUGGUCACUGGUCUUGUUAGCUCUGUAGCCUUUGCUUUACCUGUUUCUGGUUUUCCUAAUAUGAAUGCUUUUAUGCAAGAAGAUCUUACAGGCAAACCGUAUUUGAAAAUCAAGGACUUUAUAUUUUGUGGUGUGCCAGCAUCCAUCAUUGCAGGUGUCAUCACCAUCCUUCUUGGUUAUGGUAUUAUCAGUAGAAUGAUUAACAACUAGGUUCUGGUCUUUUACAAUUAGUUGGUAUACCCUUUUUAUUUUUUUCCAUUUUUUCACUUUUUUUUUUUU